UGCGCGAGUGUGUGUGCAGCCUAUUCUCUAAAUAACCUGUUGAUCCAGUCAAGCUGAGACGCACUCAGCCUCAGGAGGGGACGUGCUCGGCCAAUCUUCUUCCUCAUUUUCUCCUGGAUUUCAUCUGAAGUUGGAGCUCCAGCUGAGUCACUGUGAGUGUUUCAUCAGGUUUCACAUGCAUUUCCCGGCAUGUCACUGACAGAUGGCACUAAUUUCAGUCCUGUAGCGGCUCUGUGUGACACAUCAGGUCGAUUAAAAGAGUUACCAAGAGAAGCUUUACUGUGGAUGUCCAGGAGAUUCUAGGGAUCCAAGGAAAAACCUGCUACAAGGCAAAAAGGGAAUCCCUCGCCUGAAAUCGCCACAGUGGAAGAAGCGUGGACUGAAUGAACUGUCUGCACGCAUUUCUGUGAGUCGUAAAUGCGUGUAGCUGAAAGGAAAUCAUGUCAGCGAUACACACAUGGGCCUGUUUCCUCCUGUGGAUCGGCUUUGCAACGCAGGACAAAACCCCAGAUGUCAUUGUGACGUGCUUCGUCUCGCAGGAGUGCGUGCUGCCCUGCAGCUUCCAGCCGGGCAGCAAGGAGACCAUCGAGUGGUUCAGACAGGACGUGCUGGUGUACAAGUUUAAGCGGGAACAUGGCGAUAACCAUGACGACGCUGAUGAUGAUGAUGAUGACGAAGAUGAUGAUGAUGAUGACGACGACAGCAGCGAAGAGCACUUCGAGCACGAGCAGAUAGCCGGCCGCGCCUCCGUUUUCCCGCAUUUGGUAUCCCGCGGCAACGCCACGCUGAUCCUCAGGGGGAGUGGUCUGAAGGACAGAGGCACGUACAGGUGUGUAGUGCGCACCUCGAAGGGCGAACACAACGCAAAGAUCAUCGUGAAGGUGGAAGCACCCAUCCGAGGCCUGUCUGUGGAGCUGUCCAGGCUGAGCGGCUACGAGGAGAUGAAGUGCACCGUCAGUAAUGUUUUCCCGGCCCCUCGGGUAACCUGGGCGACCGAGCCGCCCACUUUGGAGGACCUCCGACCGGUUACACGCAUGCUGGCCAACAAACAGGGGCUGUACACGGUCGACAGCCGCCUCAAGAGGCUGAAAGGACGACCUAACCUCAUCUACAUCUGUAAAGUCACGACUUCCUACGGCGGUCCGGCCUGGACGGCCUCAUUCAGGGAAAUAGAAAUAAAAGGAGCUCAAGGAAGAGACCUGACCAUCCCCUGCCAUGCCCCUCCUUACCUGAACAACCCCUUCCUCCACUGGAGCUUCAUCAACGGCGAGGAGCACUCCGACAUCCUCACCUACGACAGCCAGUCGGGGAAAAGCGUCUCCACGCCGCCCUGGGACAAACACGUGGAGCUGGACGGCUUCAGGGUCCCGUUCGGAGACGGCUCCCUGCGUCUGAUGGACCCCCAACACUUGGAGCACACGGGCAGCUACACCUGCGUGUUCUCCGUGCCGCACAACACCCACACCGAACGCACGGAUGUCACCAUCGACGGUCCUGUUGGUGAGGAACGUACCGCAGAAGCCCCAUCUUAUUGGUGGAUAGUUGGUCUGGUGAUAGCAGUGCUGGUUCUGGCUCUGGCCGUCAUGCUGGUCUACCUGAAGAUGAAAGGGGGGACCUCAAAGACCAGAAACGACCCCGAAGACGUGACAGAGCUGCGCUUAGCCAAAGACUCGACCGCCGACAGUAACCUGAAUGAGAGCAGCCCGCUGACUGCUGGAGGCACCAACGGACAAUCAGACCUCCAGACUGGAUCUUAGUUAACCUGAGAACAGACAGAAACAACACGGCAUCACCGAAAACUUACAAAAUACUAACAAAACAAACAUGCACACAGCUACACACUGACGAGGAACUAUUCGCUUCUUACAAGACAGAAUGUUUCUUCAAGAGCUUUUAAAACUAUAUUUUAAAUGACUUUUUUAGCAUAUUUGGGUGUUUUUCUAACGAGGAACUUGUUUUGGCUCCUGUGGAAACCCUGACAAACGGAUGUUUAAUUGUAAAACAUGCACUCCAAAAACGAAAUGUUUUCAGCGUCGUUAAAAAAACGAAAUGCUUUCAGCGUCUUUAUGAAGGGUUUGUGGAACCUGCUGUUAUUUCAGGAACUCUUUUAGGUCAAUGUUUUCUCAAGAGAACACUGAAGAUGCAUCCUGUUGAAUCAUCACCAACUCUUCCCAGGAAACUAAACAAAACGCUCACGCUUGGCCUCAAGUGAGAUGGCCAACGAUGGUCGUUCAGACUUGGCCUCGGGUGAGUCCAACGAGCAUAACUACUGCCGUUACAACAGCCAGGAGCUGUCCUUUGUUGCUUUGCUCACAUCUUUGAUAAACCUAAUCUAGUGUUACAAACAGCAACAUCUCACCAACAGUCUGACUGACUGCUAGUUUGGGUGGUGUCAUUUUCUUUAGUCUGUGGCCCAACAGGUAAAUUAGGU